CGUCAAACUUAAUUUUUCAAAAACUACUUUUUUACUACUUUUUUCAGGCUUGAAGCUACUUUUUUAAAAAUUAAUUAUCGAGUGCGAAGCCUGUAAUUGUCGAAUUUAAUAAAACAUGAAUUUAAUAGUUGUAAUUUUUCAAAGUUUCUCUAAAAUCCUCAAGUCUAUUGGAUUACAUCGUCGAUUAAGAGAUUAAUCUAGUAGAAAAGAAUAUUUGCAAAAAUAUUUUCUAGUAUAGAAACUUAGUGUGUGUGUGUGUGGGAUAUGCAAAAAUUUGUUGUGUACAAUUUUUUAUUUAAUUAAGAGAAAGUACGAAAAAAAAUUGUCAAAGUAUAAGAAAUAUGAAGUAAGAAAAAAAAAUAGUUGAGAAUUUAGAAUGCGUACAUAUAUUUGUAUCCAAAAUAAUUUCUCGACGUUGCAAAGUGUUUAAAUCAAUCGAUUUCAAAGAAAUCUAUAGUACGUAAGAAAUAAUCUCAAAAACAUAAAAAAAAAAAUUUAUAGUAAAGUAAAAAGAAAAAACACUUUGUACAUAAGUUCGUACAGUGCAUGUUGAUAAUACUACAAUUAUCACUUUAAAAGAAGAAAAAAAAAAGAAAAAAAACUGAAAGAACCUGUAAACGGUAGUGUCAUAUUUACUUCGUAUUGUAUUUAGCCAGAUAAUUCAAAAUGUUGACAAAGUCCUCCAUUUUUCUAAUGAGAAUGGUAUAAAAUAUGAUUUCUUCAAAAAAAGAAAAAAGAAAAAAAACUAAGUACUUGAUACUUUUUUUAUUUGUUGCCAGGAAGAAGGAAAAGCCGCAAAAUGAAAAUUGUGGUUCUCUUUUCGACAAGUGACGUUUUUAUCAAAUUGAAUAGAAUUACGAUUCGCGUUGCAUUUGUCCGAUUGAUUUAAAGUGAGAAGGCAAUUGAUAAAAACUGACUGAUUUUAAUGUAAUAAGUUUUAUAGUCGAUUUUUCAACGAAGAUUUUAGAUGUGUAAAUGUCAUAUUUAAACAUGGAUCAACUCUUGAGAAUUUCAAUUGAAGAAUUGAUGAUAGAAACUAUAAAUUAACAUUUUCCAAUGCACGUUUGUUGUCAUUUUUUUUUAUUGAAGUUUUAGAGAAUGUAAUAUUAAAAUUGUGUUUUAUUGAGAUGGAAUGAUCUUAUGUUUAUUUAAAUUUUUGUUUUAAUUGUAAAACUUCUGUUUUUUAAAUGUUGUUUUUUUUAAUAGGGAGACACGUUUGUUAAAAUUUCGAUACUGCGAAAUGUUGUUUUUUUUUGCACUAUUUUUUUUUUGUUUUUAAUAUUGUCAAGCAUUUAUUGAGUAACGUUAAAACAGAUGAUUGUUUCAACGAAGUUAAGAUGCGCGGUUACUUGGCAGCUUUUUAACAAUAAUAUUUACAAAAAAGUAUUGUCACUACAAAUACUCUUGAACAUUUUAAUUAUAAACAAUUCAUACGUUAAAUCUGAUUUUUAUUUCUGCCUCUGUCCUCAUUUCUUCAAAGUUUAGAAAUUAAAAAGUGUUUCUCAAUUUUAUUUUCUAUAAAUUUAAGAAAAUAUUCUGAAAUAUUCUUUCAAAUUAUUUAGUGCGUUGCUAUGGUGAUAACUUGAAGUUUAAUCAAUAUCUCGAAAUCUUCUAUAAACAAAGAAGUAAAAAUAAUUGUUGAAGUGAAACAAAUAAAUGUGGAUGAAAGAAUAAAUUGAAGGAAAGAAAAUGCCGUCGAUAGUUAUAAAAAAUUACGAAUGGCGUCAAACAGAUACGAAUAUUAUUAUCAAUGUGGAGCUUUUUGGUAAUCCAGGAAAAAUCGAUUUCUUCACAACCAACAAAUAUGUAAAGGCAAGUUAUCCACCUUAUAUUUUCGAAUUGUUUCUUUGGGAAGUUGUUAAUGAGGAAGAAAGCGAGUGCACUUAUACUCAAAAAGAAAUGAUCAUUACUUUAAGGAAAAACGAGGCGGAUCUUCAAUGGCCAAAACUUGAAUUGGAAAAUCUCAGCAAAGAAGUGAAACGCGAAUGCAGAAAAAUUGCUCAUGAAUAUUCUCAAUUAGCUGCCGAACAGAAAGCAAAAGCUAAAAGUGAGAAACGACAGCAUAUUCAGAGGCAAGCAGUAAAACAUCAAAUCGAUCUCGACACUUUGGAUUUAAACAAAAUAGAAAGAAUUCGUGAUUCUCACAGAAAAGAAGCUAUGAGAGAACUUGAAGAAUGGAGAUUGAAACAUGAAAAACCCAUCUUCGAAGGCAUUACUGGCAUAAAGCAGGAAAAUCGAAAAGAAUACAGAUCUCCAUUAAAGUGGUUCGACGAACCUCCUAAUGAGAAAUCCUGCAAUAAAGAACCAACUGAUGCAAAUAGAAAACCACAGAAUCCAAGGAAAGAAGUGGAAAUUGAAGAAUCAGUCGAUGGGAAAAUAACUAAAAUAGUAAAAGAUGGAAUGAAGCAGAAAGAGGAAGUGAAAAAUACAGACGAUUCUCUUACUAAGAAUAAUAAUAAAGAACUUGACAACAACAAAAAAGAAGACACCGAGGAUUCAGAUUCAGAUUUCGAGGAUAAAAAUCAUUUUAAUGAUUCGAAAAGUUGUUUAAUAAAAGAGAUGAGUGAGAAGGAUUUGAAAAAAUUUUCCAAAAGGAAAGAAGAAAUUGAACUGCAGAAGGAGAGAGAUAGGAAACGUGUACUAAUUCAAAGAUUCAUUGACAGAAGAUCCGUGAAGACAAAUGACAUUUUCAAUGAUCCGAAUAAAUCUAUUCCACUUCCAAGAAAAUGCGGGACAAUUAAAGUUUCAUUUACCGAACGAGCGUUCCCAACACCUGCAAGGGAGAGCUCUCAUCUCGAGGAGCAAGAAUGGCUAGAAAAACAGGCGAAAGCAAGACGACAAACUGGAUUUGUUUCCGAAGAUCUUCGCCCCGAGGAACAAAAUCCGCAAUGGCUGAAAGAUAAAGGAGAUGAAUUCUUCAAGGCAAAAAAUUAUCUUGGAGCCAUUAGCGCAUAUUCGCAUGGAAUAAAAUUGAGCGAAAAAAUGUCAUCACUUUAUGUUAAUAGAUCAGCGGCUCAUUAUGCUUUGGGGAAUUUUCACAAAUGUGCCGAAGAUUGCUCAACGGGCUUGGAAUUAAUGAUUCCAAAAUGUGAGGGCAAUCGAGAAUCAAGAGCCAGAUGCCAUGCACGAAGAGGCGCAGCUCUCUGCAAAUUAUCAGUUCCUCAACAUGGUAUUCCUGAAUUGGAAGCCGCUUUGAAACUAGCUCCGGACAACGAGAGCAUUAAACUCGAUUUAGUAGCCGCAAAAAAAUGUUUCAAGCUUGAGAAUUAGAAACUCUUCCCUAGAAUUUACGCUCAAUUUCCUUGCUCUGUGACCCUUGACAAAGCAAAGCAAAAGCAAGUCAUUCGAGACUCGCAGAAGAAGACAAGUGAUGAGCAUGUAUGAUCUCGUGAUGUCGAUCUCUUUGACGAUCAAUUGCAUGCUUUACCAUGAAAACAAGACUGACAUUUCUCGAUUCAGCUGGAGCGCAAAUUUGAUUAAUCGGACAACAUCCGGAACCUCCACAUCGAGC